AUGGCCACACAUUACAUUGAAAAUGCAAGUAGUGGCAGUCAAUAUUAUUUUAAUACUAAUAAUGAUGCUACUACUUCACAACCAUAUCGAAAUUAUUCAUCGCCUGUAGGAACAUAUUCGGCAUAUCCUGUUGGUAUUUCAAGUUCAUCAAAUCAACAAAUUCAUUAUGAUGAUUCAUAUCAUGCGCCUCAACAGUAUCAAUCAGUAGGUGGAUUUAAUAAAAAUGUAACUGAACAUCAUUAUCAAACAUCUCAAUCAUUAACACCUCAAGUUCGGGCUACUGUACGAGCAGUUAAUAAUCAAGAUUUAUAUAAUUUACCACGUUCACCACAGCCAACAUCAGCUUCACCUCAACAUCAUCAUUUUCAAUUUGAUAAUCGUCAACAACCAGGUCAUCCAACAGGUUCUCCAGUGGUUUAUCAAACACCAGGUGCUGCUCAAUAUACACAUCAUAAUGUUGAUCUAUGGACUGAAAGCCCAACGCAAGGUCAUGAUCAUCAUGCACAGGCGCAACGAGUAUCAGUUCGAUCUGUAUCAACUGGUUCUCCUCAACAAUCUCAUUCAAUUUCUCCUCAACGACAUCAAGAUCAUUUACAACAAUACUAUAGUCAAUUGACACCGGAGCAACAUCAGCAAUUAUUACGUCAGCAACAAAUUCAAAGACAACAAGAACAAACUUCUCAUCAUGAGCAGCAACAUCGAGUCACUGCUCAACAAGUAUCUCCAUCAUCUACUCAUCAUCAAGAACAACAUCAUCAUUCAGCAAGUGGUUUCGAUGGAGGACAACAUUAUCAACAAAUACAUGUUCGAUCAGAAUCGGACCGACAACGUCAAGAUGAACAAGAUUAUCAUGCAACUCACCGUCAAAUGGCUGCACCGCGAGUACAACAAGAAGAACCAUCAUCGCAUCCAGUUGGAAUUCGAAAUCUUAUGAGUAAAUUUGUUGGACCAGCACCCGUUCAACGCUAUCAUCCAAGAUCAACAUCAACAUCAACAUCAUCUCGACUUUAUUCAAGUUCAACUCAUACAUCAAAUGUUGGUCCACGUCAAGCUGCAGCAACUCGUACAUUAACAACACAUUCAAUGACAUAUUCAGCAUUACCUAAACCACAUGAACCACCUGUGAAUAGUGUUGAAUAUUAUCAAAUGCAAAUGCAACAACAAGGUGGAAAUCUUUUUACAAAUAUUCAACAAGCAGCUGCACCAGCACAUAUUCAACAUAGUCCAACUGGUUUUGGUGCAUUACGUGAUCGAUUUAAAAUAGGACCAGGUUCAGGUGAUUUCAAUCAAACACAAGUUAUACAUCGACAACAACAACAACAACAACAACAACAACAACAGCAACAACAACAACAGCACUAUCAACAACAACAACAAUCAACAGCUAUGACUAAUAGUGGAAAUAAUUUAUCGUCAUUACGUGAUCAUUAUAUGAGUCAAGCCAAACAAUCAGUAUAUAAUGGAUUGCCUGCACAACAAGUUCAACAUAUUUCACGAACAAUCGUUGGAGAAGAUAUACCUCAACAAAAACAACAACAAACAUUUACUCAACAAGGUCCUCCUCAACAGCAGCAAGCAUAUGCUGCACAAGCUUUUUCUCAACAACAACCUGCACCGCAAGUUCUUCAACAACCAGCACCUGUAACACAAGUUUUUUCUCAACAACAGCAAAAACCUGCACCACAAACCCCUCAACAACAACCAGCACAAGCUCCUGAACAACAAUCGGUACCUACACCGCAGGCUCCUGAACAACAAUCGGCACCUACAGCAGAAGCUCCUCAACAACAACCAGCACCUGCUAAAGAAACUCCUAAAAAAGAACAAUCACAAACAAACAAUGAAACCGUCGAUCAAAAAGUACCUUCAUCUGAAGUAAAAUCUUCUGCUACUAGUAAUGCUGCAAAAGCUUAA